GACCCACUUUACAUGGUAAAUAGUCUUCCUCUUCAGUAAAGUCGAUUAAUUGUCUGGAAAACAAAGAACUGCAGCUGAAGAGCCAAACUGUACCCAUCAAUUACUCUUUUUAUAACAUUAUUACAAAGCAAACUCCAACAGCCACCCACAGAAGAUUAUUUGCCUCUAGCAAGGUCAGUCCUGCUCUUGGAUUGUGGGGCAUUUUAGCAAUAGCAAACCAGAGAAAGCUCAGCAUUAAUAACUACAUUAAAAGACUGUGCUGUACUCCUGCUUUAUUUGCAGCCACCCUUGCAAAUCAGCAUACUUUUUGUGUACUGGAUGGUAUAAACUGCCUUUCAUCGGGCAUUCUUCCAGACUCCAGCAUUCAAUCAGCUCCUCAGGCACUCUCCAGUAGCUGACACCUGGGAUUCAAAGAGUCAUUGUCUUGAUGAGCUGGAAGAACAUAGAACAUAGUCAAUAUGAUGUUAAAGUUACACUUCACAUCUGACAAAAUGGAUUUCACCUCUGGAACUGCACUGGCAGAAAUGUUGCUUACAGCCAUCACAGGGCAGUGACUCUUCCCUUGUACUCUAUAUCUCAAGCACGGGGUUGAGUUUCACAGUAUCACCAAGGUUGGAAGAGACCUCACAGGCACCUCAAUACAAGAAGGGCAUUGAGAUACUGCAAAGAAGAGAAACAAGCUGGUGAAAGGCCUAGAGAAUGAGUCUGAUGAAGGGCAGCUGAGAGAACUAGGACUGUUUACUUUGAGGAAGAGGAGGCUGAGAGGAGACCUUACUGCUCUCUACAACCACCCGAAAGGACAAGCUAGAGAGGUUCAUUCUGAUGACAGAUAAACAAGUAACUGCUAAAUCAUCUGCUGUUUCCUCCUGGGAUGCUGUUAAAGGACAUGUGAAGAUGAGGGCUGGAACGUUACGAGCUGCAAAACUGAAUGCUUCUUUAGCAUUGAAAAUAAAAGCUAAGUUAAUAAAUAACUCAUCUAUGUCUAAAGUAUCUUUAAAACAAAACAAUAAAGCAUUAGCUGUGGCUUUGAGUGUAGAGAAAGAAAAUUCUCGGAAGCUAAAGAAUGAGAAGAUUUUACUUCAUAGGGAAGUGGAGAAGCUGCAGCUUCAUAAUGUCUUGCUUCGUCAAAAGCUAAACUGUUUGAAUAAAACUCUUAAAGAAAUAGAAGCAUUUUUGAACAAUAAACUCAUAACUGCAAUAGAAAUAAGCAGUCUUUCUGAGAAUCUCCAGAAUUCUCUUCCUCUGCCAACUAGUCCAAGUAACUCUGUUGAUGACCAGUUCAUGAGUACAUGUCAGUCUGCAAGAUCAGUAGUGAAGCUUCCUUUGAUUGCAACAGCUGAUGCAAAACAGCAAGACAGCCCUUCUCUGUGCGGAAUAACAAAUUCUUACAACUAUACCACUAUUGUGACAAAGGAAAUGCAUUCAGAUCAAGUCAGGUUUGCAUUAUCUUUGCCUUCUGGUACAAAUAAUCAAGAGUUAAUUGAAACAGACCCACUGGAAACAGCCUUUAAUGAAAGCAUAUCUUUGAAAGAAAGCCAGUUACACACAGAACUAACCCACAAUAGUGCCUUCCUGACUCAUGUGGAAAAUGCACAGCUGCUAAGGCAGCCUGAGGAGCUUACAAAACAACCUGACAAUUGUUCAUUGCCAUUCUAUGGGCACGUGGCUGAAAGAAAGAAACACACAGUACUUUGUAAGUCAAAAACUCAACCUGAUAUCAUAGAUUUUGAUAAAAAAUAUAGUUCAAAUCUUAUUCCUUCACCGCUUAAAUUUAGCAAUGAAAGUAAGACAGAUUCAAAAAAGCUGCUUUGUACUGCCAAGAUGAAGCCUGAAGAAACCCUUUAUGAUGCUGAUAUGGAGUUGACUGCCACUGAUGCAGGUGAACUACUAACAGUUACAGCAAAAGAUAAAGAUAAAUUAUACCAAAAGAGAAGUAGUGGUGACAAUUCUGAUAAAAUACUAGUAAAUUUCAGAAAAGCAAAACAUUCUAAGAAGGAUAAAGAGAAAAUUAAAAGCAAGAUGGAAGCUGGUUCAAAUUUAUAUGCAGAAGAAAGACAUACUGGCGACAAUGGUGAAGUCACAAAAGCUACUGAUUCACAAACUCAACUAUUCCAAAGUCAAACAGAACAACUACCUACAGAAAAUUCUACAGGGAAACAGAAUUUGCCAAAUGCCAGCAAGUAUUAUCAAGCAGAAAAUUCUCCAGAUAGAGCUAAUGAUACUAGAAGCACGUGCCAGGUUAACACGACGAGUCUAAGAAAAGAGGAGAAAAAUGGAGAAUCUUUCUCAGAAACCUGUGAAGACAUGCAAAGCAAAAUACAAAAAGCUGACUCAUCUAACAACAAGAGCCCACCAGAAGUUUAUUGUGCUGAAAAUUUACCAUUCCAAGAUAAUACUUACAGUGUAUUGCAUUUACAAGGGGACUUUGCACAUACACGUAAGGAACAUAGCAGACCGAAAAUAAAUGGGGAAAAAAGCCCUUCUAAAAUGAGCACAGCAGAAUACUGUGGAAAGGAAAAUGGACAGCAAGGAGAAAGUAUUUUGACAAAAUCUCAAACAGAGACACAACAACAUGACAGCAAUAGAAAACAAGACAAGAUGACUAUUGGAAAAUGCAAGCAAAAAAAUAGUUACCAUCGAAGUGGAGAAACUGAAAGUGACAGCAGUCAGAAAAGUCAAACUUCUAAAGUAAACCAAAAGAGCAGCCACUUACCACCAAGCAGAUUAAAGCAUACAGUGGCAAAGGCUAGCAGGAAAGUAUAUAUAAUACCCAAAGGAAAUUCUACACAGGUCUCACUUUGUAAAAAUAAAGAAUUAAAAAACAAGGGUGCACUGCACAUGGAUGGUGUUUGUGGCAAUGUAACUGGAACUCGGCAAAUGCAAAUAGCUUUAGCUAUUGAGAAUGGUGCAGCUACAGAUUCACCACGAGCUAGAGAACAAGUUAAUGAGCCUGUCAAUAUCUUAAACAAAGUAGAUUCCUCAUCACUGGAACAUAAAAUGCCUCACAGCAGUAAUUCUAAUGAUCUGGUAAAGCAAAACCAGAGGUUUAGUUCUGAUAUCACUGAGAGCAGUGCAGAAAAAGAUUCUUUGAGGCAUAUUGAUCAGGGGGAGCAGAAUAUUUCGGAUGGCCAAGAAGUCCCUUAUAAGGUAGAUUACUUUAUGAGCAAAUUAAAGCCUGUGGUUCUAAAGUCAAAAUCCAAAUGUUCCAAGAUGAUGCCUGUAAGUGUAGAUAACCUUUUCAAGGAAGGUCCUACCAGUGUGGAGCUCCCAGCUGAUGAUAACCACAGUGCUUCCAUCAACUUGUCUAUACUUGAAAACUCUGAAAUUUGUGGGGAGAGCAAUCAUCAUAAAGCACAAGACUCUGGGAGAAAAGCUUUGCAAGAUCUGACAAAUGUUAGUAUACAGUCUCAUAUUUCCUUACCUAAAUCCCCCCAAAUGUCAGAAGAAGACUCAGCAGGAAAGAAAACUAGACGAGGAAGAGCUGACAUUUGCUACAAAGAACCCAGUCUGCAAUGCAAAUUAAGACGUGGGGAUCCAUUUACAGAUACACAGUUUCUGUACUGCCCAGACAGUAGGGUAAAAAAGAAAAUGCAUUUUAAAAGUAAAUCAAAACUUAUUUGAAGAAGACAAGAGAAUUGCCUUUACAAACAGUACUUCUAAAAUGGGUAGUAUUUAUUUUUUUAAUAUAUAUAUAUAUGUUUAGCAGUAUAGAGUGCUUAUUGUUACUUGAUUAGUAAAGGUGUUCCAAAGAAUUUCCUAGAAAGAAGCUGUUACAUAAGGGACCGAGAAUACUUUAUUGAGGAAGGCAAAUAUAGAUUAGGCUCCACUCUUGUGUUUGCAUUUCUCCUAAGUCAUUUGUAAUCUGUUUAAAGGGUUGGCAGCACUUCUUAGUUUGGGACAAAAGUACAUGUUUUAAUGAGAAUUAAAAAUAAAUCACCUUUGGCAAUUUUAA